AUGACCGGCAAAACACAGACCAGCAAUGUCACCAAUAAGAACGACCCAAAGUCCAUCAACUCCAGAGUCUUCAUCGGCAAUCUUAACACAGCCAUUGUCAAAAAAGGCGACAUUGAAGCGAUCUUUGCAAAGUAUGGGAAGAUAGUUGGCUGUUCAGUGCACAAAGGUUAUGCAUUUGUACAGUACAUGAGUGAGAGGCACGCGAGGGCUGCAGUGGCGGGAGAGAACGCCCGGAUCAUCGCAGGGCAGCCUCUAGAUAUCAACAUGGCAGGAGAACCAAAACCAUACAGACCAAAACCUGGCAACAAGAGGCCACUUUCAGCACUUUAUAGACUUGAAUCGAAGGAGCCUUUCCUGUCCGUCGGUGGUUAUGUCUUUGAUUAUGAUUACUACAGGGAUGAUUUCUACAAUCGGUUGUUUGAUUACCACGGCCGUGUCCCCCCACCACCCCGUGCAGUGAUUCCUCUGAAGCGUCCUCGUGUGGCUGUGACAACAACUCGCAGAGGCAAAGGGGUUUUCUCCGUGAAAGGAGCAUCACGAUCCACUUCAAGUGGGGCUUCUUCUUCAGGAUCCAAAUCACCUACCUGUCUUCCCCUGCCACUUAUGUGGAGUGAUACUGUCCUUGGAAGCGUCACUGGAAGAGGAAGAGAAAGAUCAGUGAAAUCAGAUGAGUUGCAAACAAUCAAGAAGGAACUAACCCAAAUCAAAACAAAAAUUGACUCCUUGCUAGGGAGACUGGAAAAGAUCGAAAAGCAGCAAAAAGCUGAAGCAGAAGCUCAAAAGAAACAAAUGGAAGAUAAUGCUGAUUUGAUUCAAGAGGAAUGCAUAUCAGAGAAUGCAGAUAACUCUACAGAAGAGCCAAUUGAAGGAGGGCCAGAUGCAGAUGGGGAUGGAGAAGAGAUGACUGAUGGGAUAGAGGAGGAUUUUGAUGAGGAUGGCAGCAAUGAGCUGUUUCUACAGAUCAAGUGAUGAGAUGUCAUGUGUGAACCCCCUGAAGGCUGAGAAGAGAAGCUCUGACUUCCCCACAGAAAAUUGAGAACUGCAGUUUCUUACUGGCUAGCAACACCUUUGAUUCAAUUUGUAUGAAAACUCAAUUUACUUAUUAAAAUGGACGUUAUUGUUCAAAUACUAGAAAUCCCAUUUCUUAUAUGUUCUAAGCUGUACAAUUGUCAGAUUUUUAUGGUUUAGAUUGUAAAUGUGUUUUUCUCUGGCUAAUUAUUGGUAUUAUUUUUUUAAUUUUGAUGUCUUAAAGGCCAAUGUACUAUAUCAUAAUAAUAUGAAGGACAUAUUUAACAGGUGUGGGAAACACUGUAUACAAAUGUAUAUUUCUAAAAGCU